AUGGGUGAUACAGCUAUGUACAGUUAUGUAGCGUUGUUGAUUUUCUAUCCCAUCACUUUUUUGCCAGCAAUGCUCCGUUAUGCUUUGCUGGCAAUAACUUUGCUGCUAGCUGGAAAGACUGAUGCUGCAACCUCAGGCCAACAAAGCAAUCAAGGCAAAACCGAAAAGCACAAAUUCGCUGCAAAAGAGGAAGUUCACGAUACGGAACAUCUAAAGCAACAUUUGAAAGAUAAGAUAGAUGUCGAAAAAUUGACUGAAGAACAGGAACGGGUUGGUGUUCAUUAG